UACGAAGAUUAAUAAUAUUUACGUAAUUUUUUAAUAAAAUGUUCAACAUAUUACAUGAAUGGCUAACAUGUAAACUUGGAACACAUUAUUGUCAGAAUUUAAACUUUAAUAAUAUAGGUGAGAGAUUCAAAGACGGUUUUCUGUUUGCACUUUUAUUUCAGAAAUACCAAGUAAUACCUGAAAAGUAUGUGCAUGUAUUUAAAAAAACUAAUAAUUAUGAUAUAUGUUUGAGCAAUAUGAAAAAUAUAAACUUGUGGCUGCAAUUUAUGGAAAUUAUUAUUGAAGAUAGAGCUAUAUGUGAAAUCUCUCAUGGUCAAUCACUUGCUGUUACACAACUUUUAUACAAAUUAUACUUUAAGCUGGAAAUGUCAAAAGAAUGCCAAAUAAUUAAUACUAUCGAUGUUGAGAAAAAUCAAAAAUUAAACAAUAACAUCAUAGUAAAUUUAUGUAAAAGUAAUGGUAGUUUCUUGUCACAUCAGAAAGAAAUAAAAAAUAAAGAAAGACUAAAUGCAAUCCAUGAAAAGUGUUGCCAUGUUUCUAAAUUAUUUUUGAAUUCAAAUAGUAUUUCAUACACUGCUAUUGAUGUUUUAAAAUCAAUAAAUUGUAUCAAUACAUGUAAAGGCAAUGGUUUAAAGAUAUUAGAACAUAAUAUGAACAGUAUUUAUGAUUUAUUUAUUAUGAGUUUAAAUAAAAAAAAAAACGAAUUCUUGGAAAAAUCCACAGAAAAAUCUAAAGAAAUAUUAUGCAGAAGUACACUGCUUAAUAUUCUUAAUAUAGCAGAAGAAAAUAACAUAAUAACUGAUAAUAACUUUACAGUCGCCAAAUUAGAUGAUGAAAACUUUAUUCAAAAUAUUGACUUGGUAUCUCAAGAAGAUAUAAAAAAUGAAAGCUCAACAAUAAGUAGUUUGAAAAUAAAAGAAUCUAUUAUCACUCAAGGAUUAGAAGAAUUUAAGAACGAAGAUUUUGUGAAACAAGAUGUUUUUAAUGAAUAUUUACAGCACACUGGAUCUUGGUCUUCUGAGUAUUUGAAUGUAGAUUCAUUUAAAUUCAAACAAAACAUUCUAUCAAUGAUAAUAAAAGAAGUUUUGAAUUUUGAAUAUGGUAUAAGUGAAAUUAAAUUUAUUAAAAUAAAUAACACAAAUGUAGCUGGAGUUGUUGAUGUAAUACAAAAUACAAAAGUGAUAAAAUUAAUGAAGGAUAACUUGCGAAAUAAAGGUAUAUUAGGUUUUACUGCUGAAGAUGCAUUAUCUGCUUGUCUUAAUGCAUAUAAUGAAGAAAUGAAAAUUUCAAUGAAUAAAAGUAUACUAUACCAAGUUGUGGAAGAAUAUGAAAAUCCCUCAGAAAAUGCAAGCAUUACAACAGAAAACAGUAAAGGUAAGAAACUAGAAAAUUAUUCAGAUUAUAAUAGAAGUGAAGUUAAAAAAAGAACAGAGAAUGAUUCAAUAAAUAGUUUGUCAGAUACAAUUACAAGUGAAUCAAACGGCAGCGCAGAAUCGAUUUAUACAACAAAUAAAAAGCUUAUAAAUAAACUUAUUCAAACACCAGAAAAUAUUCCAGAACCUGAUUACAACAAUCCUGUUUUAAGUUCAAUGGCCAAUUUAGGAAAAAUAAUUGAUGAAAAACAAAAAAAAAAUCAUGAUUUACAAAUUGGAGAUCAAAUAAAUUGCAUAGGAGAAUACAUUAAGUUAAAUCAAGGAAUAAAUGGUUGGAUACUUUUACAAUUCCCAGUUCAGCCUCUGCAAAUGGCUUUACUUGAAUUUAUGUUGACUGGUAAAAUGCCAUAUUUUGGGAAAGAAAUAAUUGAAAAGUCUAAGAAAAAGUCUAGUAUAGUUCCUGAGUAUCAAGAUAGUGAAGACAUGUACACUGUUACAAAUACUUAUUUGACAAAUUGUAUCAAAAUUAUAAACCAUAUAGAUGAAAUGUACAGUGAAAAAUUAAAUGAUUUUUUACAAUUUUAUAACCAACAAAAUAGUAUUCAAAUACAAAUAAGCAAUCUAGAUAAUAUAAUAAAAGAACCUAAAAAAGCUGCAGACAUCUUAGUUGGGUUGAUCUUAAAUGAAGAAAAUGUUAAAACCCCAAGUAUAUUUUUUAAGCCUAUAAAUAUUUUUAAUAAUUAUGAUGAUGAUAGCAUAAAAUCUGAAAAUUAUGAAAAACAAAUUAGUACACCAGUUUCUAUAACAUCUGGUGAUAAAACUGAAACAAUAAAACCUUAUGAAAUUGCCAAUAAAUUUCAAAUACUAAGUACAGAUUUGGGAAGGCAUGAAGGUAAUUUAACCAAUUAUACAUUUACAGCAUUAUAUUUAUGUGACAUUUGGAAAACUAUGGAACAUAAUUAUACACACAAAAUUAAGGAAUUGUUAAAUAAUAAGGAUAACUUUUUCAACGAAGUGAGAAUAAGCAAGGAGUUAAGCAUAACAUCAAUUUAUCAAACAAUAAAAUCUCAGAAUUCUUCCAUAAUGAACCUUAUAAAUAAAUAUGAGAACAAAAUCCAAAAUCUAUCAACAGACAACCAUGGGAACUUAAAACAAUAUAUUUCUGAACUACAAACCAAUUUGUGGGAUGAAGUGGAUAAUGAGUUAGAACAAGUAACACAAUUUAUUAAUGAUACGAUUUAUGAACAGUGGGUCCUUAAGAAUAAUACAUUGAUUAGUACCUACAGUCAAUUAUUAGAAACUGAAAUGAAACGUACAAUAACUACUUUAAACUUCUUAAAUAGGUAUUAUGUUGAUAAUAAUGAAACUAAAACUGAUGAAUUUGAAUUUUAUACAGUCAUCAUCAAUAACAAUGAUGAUAUUGAUAAAUUUCAAAUACAUUGCUUGGAGACAAUAAGCAAAUUUCAAAAAUAUGUGAAUGAUAACUAUGAAGUAGUAGAUGGGAUAGAUAAAGGGUCUUGGACUGUAAGCGUACAAACAGAAACUAACAGACUUAUAAAUCAAAUAUAUAGACUUAAAGCUAGUUUACUUCUUGAUAUAAAAUAUUUUAAAGAUUUAACAAACAUAGAUCAUCAUUUAGAAAAAAUACAUACUAUAUAUCAAUUUAAGAUAAAUGAUGUAAAUAAAUUAUGCGAAAUUUUAGAAUGUGUCGAAAAAAAUACUGAUGUCCGCAUCGAACACAUUUCUGGACAAUUUUUCAUAAAUAAAUUAAGUGUUUUUGUAAUCAUUUGCAGACAAGUAUUUCAUUCAAAGAAUAAAUUUAACAUGGCACAAUUAAGACCUAUUGUAAAUAAACUUUUAGAUUAUGCUCCUACAUUCAAAAUAGAAAUUAAUAAUUUUAUUGAUACAUUGAAUAAACUUUGUGAAAUAUACCACAUAUAUCCAAAAAAAUGGCCAAUAGAUAAUCAAUUUUACAAUCACUUUUAUAAAGAACUAUUUGGUAGUAAUAUAACAACCAUAGAUUGGAGAGACUUUGUAGUACAAUGUAUGGAACUUCCUUAUCCAACAAUUGAACAACUAUUGUUUUAUCGAAAAUUAUUCCAAGAUUAUGAUAUUGGAAAUGAGACGAUAACAAUAGAAAGUUAUGAAGCCACAAAAUUAUGGUUUGAAAAUAAUACAAAUCAACACAAUGAUGCUAAAUGGUUAUUAUAUGAUAUGUAUCAAGUCCAAGAUGGACUUAAUUAUAGUGUUAUGCUUUUAGCAUUUUGCAGAGACGAAAAACCAUACAUAGGUUUAGGGAAAUCACUUAGUUUGGUUUUUGGUUGGAAUCCACUUGAUUUGAAAAUCCAACAUACGAUACAAUCGUAUGACGAAGAAUCAGAAAACCACAUUGAAUAUGUGAAUACUGUGAAUAAUGAAAUAUAUCCAUCUGAAUCAUCCUAUGAAGAAUUCAUUUUUGACCAAGAUAUUAUGACAUGGUUUUUAUUAAAAAUUUUUAAAUUAUACAUGGACAGCAAAGAUCAUAUUAUAGGAAAUAUUAAUAUUCCAAAAAUAGUCAAAUCAAUAUUUUUAAAUAAUCAAACUCAACAAGUUAUGCCCACAGUUAUUGAUUUACUUAAAAAUAGUAUGAUGGACAAUUUGUACAGUACUGUAUACAAAUUUCAAGCAAAAGAAUUGUCAGAAAUUGCUAAAAAUGUUGCAUUGAAGUACUAUGAUUUAAGUUCCUUAAUAUGAUGUUCAAUAAUACCUCAUAUUUUAUGCAUAAGUACCUAUAAGGCUAACAUGUAAUAAAUAAAUUAGGUAAUAAACAAAAUCAUAAAUCUGAUA